UGGCAGAUGAAAGAAUAAGAAACCAGAAGGAUUUGAGAAGAGAAAGAGCAUAGAGAAGCAGACAUCUAACUUUACCUCCAAAACAUUGCAUAACCAAAGCAAAUCCUGCAACUCUAACUAUUAUUUAAUGGAAGGGUUGGUGCAUUUACGAAUCGACCCAAUUCAUCCUACCUGUAGACAUUCUGGCUCUCGUUUUAUUCCAGCUUUCCCCUUGCAGUUGAAAAAGGAUUUGAAUAGAGGUGGUAUUAUGUUUAUGAAACCUCAAUCAUUCAUUUCAGAUAGUGCUUCAGUUCAACCUUUAAAAGCUUCCUCAUUGGGCCACUUCCACAAUGCACUGCCAUCCAAAGAUGUUCUUGGGCUUUGGAGAAGCGCUGAUGCAGUAUGCUUUGAUAUAGAUAGCACAGUAUGCCUAGAUGAGGGUAUUGAUGAACUUGCAGAGUUUUGUGGAGCUAGAAAGGCUGUUGCAGAAUGGACUGCUAAAGCAAUGGGUGGUUCUGUUCCUUUUGAGGAGGCCUUGGCAGCCAUACUUUCUCUAUUCAAACCUUCCUUAUCUCAGGUCCAAGAUUUUCUUGAGAAGAGGCCCCCAAAGUAGGAUCUCUCCUGGCAUAGAUGAGUUGGUCAAGAAGCUGAAGGCUAAAAAUACUAAUGUUUAUUUGAUCUUUGGAGGCUUUCGUCAAAUGAUCAAUGUAUGUUACUGCAUUAAAAUUUUUAUUUUGUUUUGUUGCUUCUUUCUCUGUCUUAUAAUCAUUUAUCAGACAUUUUCACUUUAAAUUGUAAACUUAUAAUAAAGUGCUUACACUAACAUGAUAACCAUAUAAAACUAUUACAUGUAGUUUAAAGGAAGAUCUUUACUAUCAAUAAUAACAUUUCUAUGGAGUUUUUAUAAUUAUUAUAACGAAUUAGUGCACAGGAUUUUUGUGGAAGAGCUCUGUGAUUUUGUGCUACAGCAUUUGUGGAAGUGUAAAAGAACAAUUAUCUAAUCAGUGUAUUAAUAAUUCUAUCAUAUAUGUUCAAUAUUAUACUUCACUUUUCAAAUAAUAAAA